UUCCGAAACCUUUACUUUCACAUCCUAAAGAUCUAAAUAAUCGUCAAGCUACUCUUCUACGAUUCACAUUCUAAUCGAGAAUCAGAAUCACAUAAACUUUCACCCUUUUAUCCCACACGAGAUUCUAUUUCUAUAUUAAAUUUUUAAACAUAAAACCUUGUACAAUAUCCCGAAAUUCGAAAUGUAUUCAACUUAGCUACCACCUCUACCUCACAGUUAUUACUUUAUUAAACUCUUUGGAAGUGUUUGGAAGGAAAAAAAAAAAAAUAGGAAAUCCAAAACGUGCUAGGAAGUUUUUUCACAUGAACUAUCAAAGCCAUUUAGCUCUAAUAUCUCCACUAUCAAGCUAUAAUCUUUUGCUAGAAAAUCUAAAAAAUGUCCCCAACAAUAAACCCACCACAAUCUCUCUCCUCUGACUCCUCCGACUAUGAUUCCGACACCAGCACCAAAUCUUCCGGCCACCAUCUCCGCCAUGUUGAUCUCUCUAACACCAUCUUCAAAGCUUACCUUGAGAUCAAUGGUCAUGAUUCAUCUUCCUCUCCACAAUCUUUAGACCUUUCAAAGAUCCAAACUUUCCUAAAUUCAUCUUCUUCAGGUGCACUUUCUUGCCUUAUUUGCCUUGAACGUAUAAAAUCUACUGACCCAACUUGGUCUUGCAAUGGUUUUUGUUUCUCUGUGUUUCAUCUUCAAUGUAUUCAGAAUUGGGGUCAACAAUCUACUGCAUUGGCAGCUUCACGCGCCCUCACGCGCCUCCCCAUUUCGGCACAGACGGCGGCCGAUACCUCGGUAUGGAACUGUCCUAAAUGUAGAUUUGAGUACUCUAAGUUUUUAAUUCCUAAGAAUUAUUAUUGUUUUUGUGGUAAAUUGGAAAACCCACCUCAUGAUCCUUGGGUUUUACCUCAUUCAUGUGGGGAGAUAUGUGGGAGGCCAUUGAAGAAUAACUGUGGGCAUUUUUGUCUUUUGUUGUGUCAUCCUGGACCAUGUCCUUCUUGCCCCAAGUUAGUGAAAAGUAGGUGUUUUUGUGGGGGGGUUCAUGAUGUUAAAAGAUGUGGGUUUAAGGAAUUUUCAUGUAAUAAUGAAUGUAAUAAGGUUUUGGAUUGUGGGAUUCAUAAGUGUGUUGAGAUAUGUCAUAAUGGGGAGUGUCCACCAUGUAGGGAGAAGGGUGUGUAUAGGUGCCAAUGUGGGAAGGUGAAGGAGGAGAGGGAGUGUUGUGAUAGGAAUUUUCGAUGUGAUAAUCCGUGCGGUCAGGGUUUGGAUUGUGGGAAGCAUGUUUGUGAGCGAGGGUGCCAUGGGGGAGUUUGUGGUCAAUGCCCUCUUAAGGGGAAGAGGACUUGUCCUUGUGAGAAGAGAGUUUAUGAAGGAAUGCCUUGUGAUGUUGUGGUGCCAUUGUGUGGGGAUACCUGUGAUAAGAAGCUGAGCUGUGGCAAGCAUAGGUGCCAUGAAAGAUGUCACCGCGGGCCUUGUGUUGAGACUUGUCGAAUCAUGAUCACAAAAUCAUGUCGGUGUGGAUGCGUAAAGAAACAGAUUCCCUGCUAUCAAGAUUUGGCAUGUGAAAGAAAGUGUUCGAGAGAACGUGAUUGUGGGCGCCAUGCUUGUAGGCGUCGCUGCUGCGAUGGGGACUGUCCACCCUGUUCAGAGGUUUGUGGUAGGAAGCUUCGCUGUAGGAACCACAAAUGCCCUUCUCCAUGUCAUAGGGGCCCUUGUGCACCUUGCCCACUGAUGGUAACCAUUUCAUGUGCUUGUGGUGCAACACGUUUUGAGGUUCCUUGUGGUACAGAAACAGAACAGAAGCCCCCUCGUUGCCGCAAACCAUGCCAGAUAGUUCCUUUGUGUAGACACAGAGCAAUUCGUAAGCCGCACAAAUGUCAUUAUGGAACCUGCCCACCUUGUGGACUUCCUUGUGGUGAAGAGUAUUCUUGUGGCCAUGUCUGCAAACUAAGGUGUCAUGGUCCCGUACCUCCGCCUAACCCAGAGUUCACUUUGAAACCAAAGAAAAAGAAGCACAAUCACCCGAGUGAACCAACAGCUGGAAUUCCGUGUCCUCCUUGUCCAGAGCUUGUUUGGAGGUCUUGCCUUGGUCAACACUUUGCAGCAGAGAGAAUGAUGAUUUGUUCAAAUAGAGCGCAAUUUUCUUGUGACAACUUGUGUGGAAAUCCUCUUGCUUGUGGCAAUCAUUAUUGUACGAAGACUUGUCAUGCCCUUCAAAACUCAUCAUCCACAUCAGAUCAGCGUACAAGAGGUGCGCCGUGUGAUGAUUGUACUCUUCCCUGCCAAAAGGAAAGAACACCUGUGUGUUCACACCCUUGCCCGUUGCCAUGCCACCCUGGAGAAUGCCCCUCGUGCAAAGUGCUUUUAAAACGUGCAUGCCAUUGUGGUGCGAUGGUCCAUGUCUUUGAGUGUAUAUACUACAACACUUUAUCCGUAAAGGAACAACUAAGUGCUCGUACAUGUGGUGGACCUUGCCACAGAAAGUUACCUAAUUGUACUCAUCUAUGCCCGGAGACUUGUCACCCUGGUCCUUGUCCUUCACCAGAGAAAUGCAGUAAAAAGGUUACUGUUCGUUGUGGAUGUCACAGCUUGAAAAAGGAGUGGCUGUGCCAUGAGGUUCAAGCUGGGUACAUCAAAUCUGAUCGUGAUCCUAAAGAUAUACCCAGGACUCAAUAUGGAAGUGGACUUCUUCCCUGUGAUUCGAGCUGUAAGAGCAAAGCCGAAGCUCGUGAGUCAGAAUUACUGCAGCGAAAACCUAAGGCUCCAGAGAAAAAGGAAACUGAGGAUGAAACACAUUUACCAAAGCGAAGAAAGAGGCGUGAACGAGUACAAGAAACGAAGCAAGCCUCAAAUCUACAGAAACUCAUAACCGUAAUACAGAGGUACAUUAUGUUCGCCAUUAUUUUGGUAGCUUUAGUCGCGGUAGCAUAUUAUGGAUACAAGGGUCUCUUGUUCCUCAACAAUUGGAUGAAUGAAGUUGAAGAACACCGUGAGAAAAGAAGAUACCGAAGGAUCUGAUUAGUAAGACAACAUACGGAUUAUAACAGUUGGUGAAAAUUAUGGAAAAGGAUAGAACAUCAUUCUUUGUUUUUGUUACACAAUACACAAUACUAGUUGAUUAGAGCAGUGGUUUACUUACAAAUUACAAUGGUGAAUAUUAGGUGUUUCAAAAUUCAGGUAUGUUAAGAGUGUAAAUUAUGUUUACAUAAAUACUACAUAGUAGUCUGUAUCUUGCAUGUUACCUCUCUUUUCUGGAGAUUUAGAAAAUUGCUGGAUUAUGUAACAAGUAUAUUGUCUUAUUGUAAUUUCUUACUAUUAAUAAUUAUCAGUGGAAAUCAAUCAAGUUUCAACUUUUUUCUC